AAGGAAGGGCGAAAAAUAAAAAAUCUAACACCCGGUUGGGCUAUUCCCACCGCCUGACUUCUUUCGCGAAGUCGAUCGAGCUUCUGAGCUAGGGCUUUGUCCAUCUCUCUCUCGCCGGCCAGGAAUCGGUGUAGAAGACGCGGCGGUGAUCAAGAACCAGAGCUCCCUCCUCGUCCUCUCCUCUUCUUGGCGGUGAUCAAGAACCAGAGCUCCCUCCUUGUCCUUUCCUCUUUCUCUCCCUCGUCCUCUUCUUGGGCGGUAGACGCCGGAGGACGGAUGAGGAAGCGCGAUCUCGGGAUCCUCCUCCUCGCGGCCUUCGCCAUCUUCUUCUCCCUCCAGCAUGAAGGUGAGUUCUCCUUCAAGGAGGCGUGGUUUCAUCUCUCGGAUGAAUACCCGAUCAAAUACGAAGCUGAGCGUCUCCCGCCCCCGAUCGUGGCUGAUCUGAACGGUGAUGGAAAGAAAGAAGUUCUUGUCGCGACGCAUGAUGCAAAAAUUCAGGUUUUGGAACCCCACAGCAGACAUGUGGAUGAAGGAUUUACUGAAGCACGAGUGCUUGCUGAGGUGUCCUUGCUGCCAGACAAGAUCCGCAUAUCAUCUGGGAGACGUCCUGUUGCUAUGGCCGCCGGUGUUGUUGACCGCUCAUAUAAGCAUGGGGAAAUAAGGAAGCAGGUUUUGGUUGUUGUCACGUCAGGGUGGUCAGUAAUGUGUUUCGAUCACAACCUCAAAAAGCUAUGGGAAAAUAAUUUACAGGAGGAUUUUCCUCAUGGUGCUCACCAUAGGGAGAUAGCGAUUUCAAUAAGCAAUUAUACAUUGAAGCAUGGAGAUGCUGGGUUAAUUAUUGUAGGAGGGAGGAUGGAAAUGCAACACCAUAACUUGAUGGAUCUCUUUGAGGAAAAUAUGAUAUCAGAGAAAGAUGGCGGGAUGCAUCAAAGUAGUGCUAAUGCGAGAGAGGCCUCUGGAUCUGGUACUGCAGACCUACGCCAUUUUGUAUUUUAUGCUUUUGCUGGUCGGACUGGCACACUACGGUGGCACAAAAAGAGUGAAAAUAUCCAGGUGCAACCCUUGGAUGCAACAAAGUUGAUUCCUCAACAUAAUUACAAGCUUGAUGUUCAUGCUAUGAAUGCUCGUCAUCCUGGAGAGUUUGAAUGUAGAGAAUUUAGAGAAUCUAUUCUUGGAGUCAUGCCACAUCAUUGGGAUAGGCGGGAAGAUACUUCUUUACAACUGGCACACUUCAGAAGGCAUAAAAGGAAAACAUUGAAGAGAACACCUGGGAAGGUUACUAAAAGUCCUUUCCAUAAACCAGUGGAACACAAUCCACCUGGGAAGGAUUCAUUCAAUAAAAUUGCGAGUGUGAUUGGCAAAGCUGCAGAUUAUGCUGGCUCAGCAAAAUCCAAGAAGAGGUCUCUUUACAUUCCUACCAUAACAAAUCAUACUCAAGUUUGGUGGGUCCCAAAUGUCGUCGUUGCGCAUCAAAAGGAAGGGAUAGAGGUUGUUCAUCUGGCAUCUGGCCGCACCAUUUGCAAGCUUCAUCUGCUAGAAGGCGGCCUUCAUGCUGAUAUUAAUGGAGAUGGUGUUUUAGAUCAUGUUCAGGUUGUCGGGGGAAAUGGAGCUGAACAGACUGUUGUAAGUGGUUCCAUGGAAGUGCUGAAACCUUGUUGGGCAGUUGCUACAUCAGGUGUACCAAUACGAGAGCAACUCUUCAAUGCAUCUAUCUGUCAUUACCAUUUUAAUAUAUUCCAGCAUGGAGACUUUGCAAGAAGCUUUGGAAGGACUGCUGAUACAGGUAGCUUGGAGGUGGCAACCCCUAUACUGAUACGCAGAGAUGAUGGGCAUAAGCAUCGGAAAGGAAGCCAUGGUGAUGUCAUCUUUUUGACAAACCGAGGAGAGGUUACCUCGUACUCUCCAGGCCUGCAUGGUCAUGAUGUCAUCUGGAGAUGGCAACUCUCAACUGGUGCAACUUGGUCCAACCUUCCAUCUCCAUCUGGAAUGAUGGAAAAUGUGGUGGUGCCUACUCUGAAGGCUUUCCCUCUGCGAGCACAUGAUAAUAAAGAGGUUAUAAUUGCAGCUGGUGAUCAAGAGGCUGUAGUGAUAUCUCCAGGAGGUAGCGUGCUAACUUCAAUUGAUUUGCCUGGGUCUCCUACUCAUGCCCUGGUGCUAGAGGACUUCUCUGGUGAUGGUCUAACUGAUGUUAUUCUCGUAACUUCUGGUGGGGUUUUUGGUUUCGUACAGUCUAGACAGCCUGGAGCCCUGUUUUUUAGCACCCUUGUUGGUUGCCUGAUAGUUAUCAUGGCAGUCCUAUUUGUUUCCCAGCACCUGAACUCCAUUAACAAGGGCAAACCAAGGACUUCCAACUGAUCGCAGGCAUAUUGGUUCCUCGCAGUGAAGGUUUUCAUUACUUUUCUCCCCUGGCUUGAAAAACAACAGGAGGUUAUAAGGCAGGAGCAACAAAGGCACGGAUAUCUGUUAGAUGUAGUGAACCAAAACUAUCAGGCGGUUAUUUAAUCCUUGUCAGAUUAUUUGGUUACUGGGAAAAUUUACAAAACUGUCUGUUUAAUAGAGCUCAACUUUUUGCCUUUACUUUUUUGAGCGACUCGGAUCAGGUAUCCAUGGGGUUACUUCUUAUCACGAUCUCAUGCAUCCAUCCCGUAUGGCAUUGUCGAUGAUGUUGCGAAUGUAAUUCUUAUGACGGUAUGUUUUAAUUUUUUUUUAUAAAAAUAGUAGCAAUCACAGCAUUUGUACCUGAAA